CCCUCUAUUCCCCCACAAGGACCCCCCGACCGACGUUCAUGAUCUAUUUAAUUAGGCAGAGUUCUCUCCCGGCCAGCUCUGACCAGCCCUGACCAGCCCUGACUAGUGCCAUCGUGUGGUUACACUUGAGUGGAAUGCAUUGCGUCUUGCUUACGGCUCUCGGUCUUGUCGGUCUGUUCAUUUUAUGAUUGGGCGCUUAUGUUCAACCUUUCCCAUCCCCUAGUCCUCAGACGAUAUUCGAACACCAGAAGACUUGAUCACUGUUAGGAAUUCAUCCCGUCCUAGCUGACGGCGUGUUGGUUGUGACCCAUGAGUGGGGGGUAUGAUUAUUGCCACCAAUGACCGAGGCUCUGCGUCCUCUGCGACCUCUGCAGGUUUCUAGAGACCUCCAUGAGCCGCAGAGCUCGCAGGCCAAGCCUGGGGCAGUAUCUUCACCUAUAUCUACACCGCAUCCGUUGAAAAAGCGAGCAAUCUGCUCUCAAUGUAGGAUAAGAAAAGUGCGUUGCGAUGGCCGGCCAAAUAUCUGCCAGAACUGUGAUCGGCUGGGGUUUGAGUGCUCCUUUCAGCAGUCACCUGGCAAAUCGCCAGGCCAAUAUGUCGUGAAACUACCCGAGAGGCGUCGCCGCAUGCAGGCUUGCAUCCCGUGCCAUUCUAAAAAGACCCGCUGUCUUGGCGAGUUGCCGAGUUGUUCCAGUUGUGUCAGAAGGAACCGGGCAUGCGUCUAUCCUAGGACCAAGAAGCACGGCUCUAUCGCCAGUGGAAAUAGCCUCGCUGAAAUAUCCGGGGCCGACGACCAAGCUACCCAGCAACGCGCCGGAGAUGCUUCCCCUGCCCAAGGAGUCGAGAUGGUGGGUCCAACAGAAGGGCCUGCGCUCGAUCAUAAUGCGGCGUUGGAUCUGAUGGAGGCCUACUUUCGACAUCUUUAUCCCCUCCCGUCGUUUGCCUUUCUUCACAAACCAACAGUCCUCCAGAGGUGUAGAAGCCAGACAAUAAACGAGACUCUGAAGCUGGCUAUCUGCGCCGUCACGGCGCUGCAGCUCCACCGCACCUCGCUAUGUCACGAUCUAUGGGCUCAACAGGCCGAGCAGUCGAUACUACAACAGAUGGGGCGACCAUCCAUCUUCAAUUUACAAGCCCUUCUUCUCGUCAUCCGUUACAGGAUCGAGAGCGGCGAAUUUCCAACAGCAUUUAUGCUAGCUGCGUUAGCUGCACGAACGGCCUUAGCCCUUCGUUUAAAUUAUGAACGUCCGGAGCUCUCUGAUGUUGCGCAAGAAGCGCGCCGAAGACUGUUCUGGGCUCUCUACUUGCUCGAUGACUUCUUCUGCGUGGGACUCAGGGAAUUCGAACUAUGCCCGGAGGAGACCAUACACCUCCAACUGCCUUGUGACGAGGAUCACUUCGAAGCAGGCCGGCACGUACAUACCGGCGUGCUGCGACACGACCCCAGAUCAUCCGGUGAUACCACCGUCGUCGGCUUACGAGGCAUGUCCUUGCGGCUGACAUCCGUUCGCCGGGCUGUUAUGAGAUUUAAUCGCAAGGUUGGGCUGGGCGAUGAGUUGUCUUCAACGAUUGGGGAAAGCAUCCGGCGGUUCGAAGAGGAGCUGGGAUGGCUCAAGGCGGCCCUCAGACCAAACGACCAAUAUUCGGUGCCCAACCUAACAUCGUCUAAGUGGCAAGCGCAGCUCAUAAUGUUGCACAUGUCGUGGCAUCAGUGUCAUUGCGACAUGUAUCGCCUCGGGCUAGACGGUUAUAGUGAGGCAGCUCCCUCGCCGGUGCUUCUCGCUCUCCACCCGCGAGACCGAACGAAAAUGCAACUGAAGUGUCUCGAACAUGCUGAGAGCAUCAUUCGAAUAGUUUCCGACUUCUUAAAUCAUGGAGAUGGUGAAUGUCUUCUAGAACGUGAUGCUGCUGUUUGCGCCUUCGAGAGUGCUCGAUUAGUCAUGUUUGGUUCUCGUAUCCUAGGGGCGGCUUCUAACUUGGAUAUGGCUGUAGGCAAGGCCAAACUGUCGCAUAAUUUGAUCACGAGAUUUUUUCCAUACUCUGCCUCGACGCAGCCAUUACGAAAGGACCUGGAACGGCUGAUAACAAGCUACUCAGUCCGUCUCGCCUUACAGACCCAGGAAGCAUUCUCGGAGCCGGACCCGCCAUCAGCUCGAUCCUCCACAAAGGUUUCACAGUACGCGACCUCUCGCCAGCGUCUCUCAGUUCAGAGCCUGCUGCUACAGUCAGACUUCGUCGACGAUAGCAAUGAGAUUGCCGGUCCUACUCAAGCAACCGAGAUACCGCCACCUUCUGGCGGCAUGCAGACUGCUCACGUAUCUGCCGUCCCUAGAAAUCAUCCGUGGGGAACGGCAGGACCGGGGAACAGCCAAGUUCCACCGGCUGGUUUGUCCUUGGACGCCAGGCAGGAAGACGCAGGACUCAUCUUUAAUCCGUGGAUGGGAUUUACUGGGUCGGAAGAUAUGUAUGGCGUGUCUGGUCGACCCUUAGGAGCGGACGACGAAUUCUGAACAAGGGAGAUAGGGACUCGCAGUAGAAUUAACCUUAGUUAUCCAUAUUAUGAGCUGUUAGUGCACUAAUAAGAAGUAAAUCCACACACCCGAUCACUAUUACAUGGCAAAAUCUACGUCUCGCAAUGCUC